AGAUCAGAAAACCUUGGAACAGAGCAAUGGCGGCAGCCGAGUCUGAGGCUGAGGCGCAACAACUCAUUUCCCGACUUGGCAAACAACUUAAAGCUUCCAAAACUUGCCCAAACAAAGACUCCCUUGUCAAAUUGCUAAAAGAAGCUGUUAUUGCUUUGGGAAAAUUUAAACAGUUGAAAUCACUGAAUUCAGUAAUACAACCUCUGAGUGAUUCUCUUAUUAAGCAUGGCCUGCUUCAGCACAAGGAUAAAGAUAUUAGAAUUUUGGUGGCGACCUGCUUCUGUGAGAUUAUCCGGGUCUUGGCUCCAGAUCCUGGUUUCAGUGAUGAUGUUUUCACGGAUAUAUUUAAACUUCUUCAAAGCAUAUUUGCGGAGACUGGUGAUUACAAAAGCCCAUAUUUUUCAAGAAGGGUGAAACUGCUGGAGACAGUUGCUAAGCUGAACGUUUGUGUGCUAAUGCUGGAUGUUGGAUGCGACGAUUUAAUUCUCAAAAUGUUCAAAAUCUUUUUCAGUGCUGCGAGAGAGCAGCAUCCUCAGAGUGUGAUUAAUGCAAUGUCAUCUAUAAUGGCUCGCAUUUUGGAAGACAAAUUGGAAGAGAAAGAUCUUGAGUCACUCAUUUUUCAGGAAAAAUUUUCUGAGCCACUCUUGGAUGUGAUUAUACAAAAUCUUUUGAAAGAAUCAAAGGGUGGAUCUGGUGGCUUUGCUCGGCUUGCUGUUUCUGUCAUUCAGAACUGCAAUGAAAAGCUUGAACGCUGUAUUUGUACAUUUUUAAGAUCUUGUAUUUUGAACAGAGAAAGUAUUGGGAGUGAACUUAAAGAGUGGUACCAUGACAUUCUCUACGAAAUCUUCCGGAGUGCUCCUCAAAUGCUUGUUUCUGUAAUCCCUAGCUUAAGCCAUGAAUUACUCACAGAUCAGGUUGAUGUCCGUAUAAAAGCUCUUAAUUUACUUAGAAAAUGUUUUUCUUUGCCUGGCCACAACAUUGCUGAGGAGUAUCACAACCUUUUCAUGGAUUUUCUGAAUAGAUUUACGGAUAAGUCUGCUGAAGUAAGGUUAUGUGCUCUUUCAUGUGGUAAAGCUUUGUACACUAACAAUCCAUCUGGGACAGGAUCAUCACAAAUUCUCACAGAGCUGGAGAGUCGACUCUUAGAUUUUGAUGAUAGAGUUCGAAUGCAGGCUGUGAGUAUUGUGUGUGAUGUAGCAAGAUUACAAAUAGGCUCUGUUACUAAUGAACUAAUAAGUCAAGUGGCUGAUAGGCUUCGUGAUAAGAAGGUAUCUGUCAGAAAGAAAGCUUUGCAAAAGUUGCUGGAACUAUAUCAGGAUUAUUGUACAAAGUGUGUUGGAGACAUCAAGAUGCAUUUUGAGCAAAUACCUUGCAAAAUUUUAAUGCUUUGUUAUGACAAAGACUGCAAGGAGUUCAGGCCACAAAGCCUGGAGUAUGUACUAGCAGAAGAUCUAUUUCCUGUUUCACUUUCAGUUGAGGGAAGGACAAAUCACUGGAUUUUUUUGUCCUCUCUUUUUACACCAUUGCAUGUGAAUGCAUUGAAUGCCAUUCUAUCUCAGAAAAGAAGGUUACGGAAUGCACUGCAAGCUUACUUACAUCUCCGGGUCCACAAGGAGGAGAUAGGCUCUGACGAAAUGGAAAGGAAUACCAAAGCUUUAUUUAAAAAAAUGUCAGCUUUGUUUCCUGAUCCUGCAGAAGCAGAAGAGUGCUUUUAUAAGCUGAAUCAAGUCAAUGAUAAUGAUAUUUUCAAAAUGCUGGCAGACAUGAUAAACGUUGGAGAUGCUCUUUCUACUAGAGAUAACCUUCUGAGGAAGAUUGGAGACCAGAGUCCACUUUUUGAAUUCUUGAGAUUGCUGUCAUCCAAGUGCUUGUUAAACAUAUUUAGUUCUAGGCAUGUCAGCUGUAUCUUAGACCAUCUUACUUUUGAUAAGAGCAUUCGCAAUACAAAAUUGGACUAUUCUCCUCUGCUGCUUCUUUCACUACAUGCUUUUCAGCAAUAUGAAAAUUUAAAAGAAUUCGUAUCAAUGAGGGAAUACUAUGCAUACAAGUUUCAAAUGAGAAAGGAAUACAAUCCAAAUAUUCUAAACACCGGCCGUUUACUACAACAAUUUGCUGUUGAUAUGUAUGUCAAGCUUGAAACUCAGAGACUUGACUUUUACAGAAGCAAACAAUUACUUAUUCGAAGAGAACAGCUCCAAGGCUUGAUGGACUCUGUUGGUCAUGGACAAUCUCAGGGUUCUAAAGUAGAAAUUAAAGAAAACAUGCUGCCUACUGAUAAAGCGCAAAACAGAAUUGACUUAUGUGCUAAGAUGUUUCAUGCUAAAUUGGAAAUGUUAAAACAAGAGCUCUUCAAGAAAGAAAUUUUUGGUGAAGUUGCAGCAUAUACUUAUGUCAUUGAGUUUCAAAAACAUGGCUUACCACAUGCUCACUUUCUUAUUGUUUUGAAACCAAAUUCAGAGUUGUACUCUGCUGAUUCUUAUGAUCAAAUUGUCUGCGCUGAACUACCAGAUGAAAAUACCCAGAAGCAUUUGUUCAAAAUGGUCUGCAGGCAUAUGAUGCAUGUACCUUGUGGCAGUAAAAAUCUCAACAAUGUGUGCAUGCAGCGUAAACGAGUUAAAUUCUGUAAGAACAAGUAUCCAAAGCAAUGGGCAAAUAGUACAACUCAUGGAGAAAAUGCUUAUCCAAUAUACCGACGAAAAAAUGAUGCAAAAUUGAAUUAUCAAUCUAUGACUUUCAAGAAUGAUGAAGAUAUCAGAGAUGUUUUGAAAAAUCAAUUCAAGAAAAGGACCAUGUUAACACAGUUUUUCUAUAUGAAUGCAACCAGUGACUUAGCAAAAGCCUUAAAAUGCAUAUAUAAAGAGUUUCCUGAACAUUUCGUUUGGCAUCCAGAUAAGAGACGAGAAACCAAGGACACUAUAAGUGAGACUGAGAUUAUAGUGUCAGAUGAAGAUGUUGCAUCCAUUAAUCAACUAAAUACGAAGCAGAAACUUGCAUUUGACAUUAUUACAGCUUAUGUAUACAAUAAUCAGAAAGCAUCUUUCUUCUUAGAUGGACCAGGAGGGACUAGCAAAACGUUUUUAUAUAAAGCUUUACUGGCUGAUAUCAGAUCAAAGGGUUUCAUAGCACUAGCUACAGCAUCCAGUGGAGUUGCAGCAUCUAUACUUCUUGGAGGACAAACUGCCCAUUCAUGCUUCAAAAUACCGAUCAGUAUGGACAUGAGCAAUAUGUAUAGUGUUAGCAAAGUGCAUUAG